CUGCCAGCGGCACAGGGCCUCCACUCAAAUAAAUAUGGCUUAUCGUCGUGGUACCAAGCAGCAGGUCGGCAAUGCAGUGGACACCAAUCUGUCCUUCUCUUUCGCCUGCGGUGGCUGGCUCAAGAUGUACCUCUUCGGUGUUGCCAAGGCGCUGCAAGAGUUCGAGCUCGAGAAGAAUGCGCAGCUCAUCGGCUGCUCAGCCGGCGCGCUGACAGCCACGGGUUUGGCACUGCAAUGCGACUUCGACGCCAUCCGCGAUCACGUGCUACACAAUAUCGUCCCGGAGGCGCACUCAUCUCUAGCCAGCCACUUCCGCGUUCGAUCGUACCUGCACGACACGCUCACGCGCCACGGCGGCAUGGAACACUUUGAGAAGCUCAAUGUGUCGCAGCAACUCACGAUCGUCUACACGUCGCUGUCGUUGCUUAAGUCGCGACGUGCGACCACGUUUGAGUCGGCGGAGCAUCUGAUGGAGACGUUGCUGGCCUCGUGCUGCGCCCCACCCAUCGCUGGCCUACCCUUCAAGCUCAAUGGGGAGUGGGUCAUGGAUGGCGGCAUGCUGGACUUCCAGCCUGUGUACAACAAUAAAACAGUGACGAUCAGUCCGUUCUACUGCGUUGGCGCGGACAUCAAGCCGUCGGUGUACGUGCCCAUGUGGUGGGCGCUGAUGCCACCUGGGGUACGCGACGUCGAGUGGUUGUUUGACUUGGGCUACGAAGACGGACUCAAGUGGAUCGUCAAGAAUGGAUUGACAGGUGGCCGCAAGAACGUCGUGAUUCCAAACAAGAGCACGCACUAUGCUGGCGGAUGGAACACGACGGUGGGGCGUGUGGUGGGCUACCGCGCCUGCGAGAGCCACUUUUUGGACGCUCUAUUCGUCGGCUUGUUCGUGUGCUUGUGGAGGCCGAUGGCAUUUAUCUGCCUGUAUCUGGAACUCUACCUACAGGCUAUCGUGUCUGGCGGCAAGGCUGCGAUCUUUGGAGCCGCGGCCAAGCUGCUGAUUUCGAACAUUAUCAUGGCCGCGUUGGCAGUGGCUUUGGCCACUCUGGGCCUGCAAGAGACCAUGCUGUUCCUGCUCGGGCUAGCGGUAACAGGGUUCUUCUUGGGUGGCACGGUUCUACUGGUGGGCGGUCUGCAACAAGCUGGCGCCGUGGCGUCGGCGGACUGGCAGCGAUGCCGCUCCUACAUGCGCAGCAUCACGAGCCUGUCGCUCUUCUUGCACAGUAUGCCAGUGAUUGGCGCCAAAGUGCAGAUCAAGCGCCACGAGUUCCUGCUACAACACUCGCUAGUGUAUCGCGUUGCGAUGCAUUUUGUGUAGACACUGGAAACAAAGUUUGCCACGUGGGGCCCAGGACUGUACACAUGCCAGACAACUGUCAAAUAAAUUAGCGAGCUCUACACAUGAAUGAAUAUCUUGGCUCUU